AUGCUCAAGGUCUUUGACAUCUACCUUGACGAACUGGCCGUAUUCCGCCUCGCAUUUUUGGAAGUUUGCACACGAGCCAGGAACGAAGCCCGAGCAAAGAAGGCAUACAAGAAAGCCCUGAGCGGCCGCAAUGCUUCGCAAGUGGUCCCGGCCGAGACCAAUACAAAACUCGAUGACGGCGAGGACGAGCGCGAGAGCCUGAUUCCAUUGCUGGAUCACUCGACCUCGAGAAUCUCUGGCCUCAAGAAGGCAUGGGAUGACGCAUGUCUGCUGGCCGGCCUCGAAGCCGAAAAAUCCAUCCAUCAGAAACAGGGACCGGCGCUGCUGCUCCUGACGACGCUCUGCGAAAGUCGCACCGAGAUGUGGGAAAAGCUCGCCCAUAUCUUUUCCAAGACCGCAGCAGUGCUCGAGGACUACACCUCCGCGCAGCUGCCGCCGGAUUACGUCUCGACCUUGGGCGAAAAUUCACUCGAGCUGCUAUCGUCCGAAGGAGCGGCCGAGGUCUCGUUGUCGGGACCAAGCCAGCCCCGAUUCAAGGCCCUGAGCAAGCUCCCACCCGUCGUGAGCCGACUCCUGGAGCUGUGGAAUGAGUGCCUCGAAUCAGAAUUCCGCCAUACCGAGCAUCUGCUUGGGUGGUGGGGCUCGGAGUGGGAGGUCCACACCCGAGAGCUCUCGGUCACUCAUCAUUUCCGGGCACUUUCGGUCGUCGGUGCCUCUGCAACAAAGGCGUCUCGCCGCAUCCACCCGUCGACAAAUGCUCCAGCAACGGCCCCAGUCGUCACCAGCAAGCGACAGCUCGCACUGGCCAAGAAGCUUCACGACCUCGACCGUGCCCGCUACCGGCUUCAGCGCACUGUCAACGACAACCGCAUCUUCCGAAGAAAUGCGCUGCCCCAGGCCAUACUUGCAUAUUUGAGGGAGAUGGGGGACUACUCUCGCCGGCUCGCAAAAAAAGCGACAUCUACCAGCGCUCCCACACCCAGCACCCGUAUCAGCGCCGAGGGCUACUCUGUUCGAUAUGCGAAAGCGCUCGUCGUUUCGCAACAUAAUCGCAUCAUCGAAAAUCUACUGGGAUGCGGCUUUCUCUUUGACGCGAUCCAGAAUCUGGGAUUUAUCUUUCAUCCGUCAAUUCCAUGGAACCAACCUGCGUUGCAAACAGUCCUGCAUUACUUUUUGAUUCCAUUCGACUUGGAGGCUCUCUAUUGGACAUGCGUGGCUAUAUCCGUUUGGUUUGCCAUCAACAUUUUUGUGUUGAUGUACCAGAUUCGCAGCCCAACAGGCAUCUCUUCUCACUUGGUCCUGGCUAUCACCCGAUAUCAGCUCGGCUUCCUCGCAACCGUUUUGUUCUUUCCCGUGGCGGAGCAUCUGUUCGAGCCGUACUAUCGCAUCAUAUCGGCCUUUGUCAGCUACUCGGCUGCAAAUAACAACGCUACUUUGCCCGAGCACACUGUGAUCGACCCCUACCUCAUUGUGCAGGUCGCUACCUCGACCGUGUGCUUGAUUCUCUUCUUGACACCCAUCUUCGUGACGCUCUCCGUGCUGUUCUCGGCGCGUGAGAAUCCCUCGCUGAGCUUCUGUGCUCGAAAUGCGCCUCGAGUCGACUUCUCCGAGGUCAUCAUUCGAACAUUCAUCUCGCUGGCGUUCUCCAUCGUCCCCACCUGGGCCGCGACAUGUGUCCUUCUCUUGGGCAAUCUCUCGAUCCUGUUCAUGAUCAUUAUCUAUCCGCCAUACUCAUCGCUUGUCAGCAACAUCGGAAAGACGAUAGUCACCGGCUCCCACGUCUAUGGAUCCCUGGCGUCGGCCAUCGUUGCCUGGUCAAACACAUCGGCUCCUUCCACGGCCAUCUUCUGGAUCAUAGCGACAAUGCCUUUUGCUGGGCUUCUUAGCGCGCAGUUGUUGCGUGUGCGCCUGCUCUAUCUAGUUCCAGACAACCUCGACACGCUGACUGCGCUACUCAAAAACAAGGAUACCGAAGAUGAAGUUUGCGACGAAGUCGGAUGUACCAAGCGUCUGAGACAAACUCUCAGGGCCGCGGUUGCGAGCUACUGGACCCCACUGGGCCUGGAGCUCGCCACCAGGAUUCUUCUCAUUGUCACGGCAAAGGAGAGAGAGCCGAGCAAGAACGACAGUCUCGAGUCACUCUCUGGAACGUUUGAGAGCCGAGGCUCAAAGUACCUCCGUCGAAUCCUGCGCGAGCACAGCCUCCGCUUCUUCAAAUUCCAGGGCAUCGAGCUCCUUGGAUCGGAUGAAGCUAAAGUGCUUGCAGCACACAUGCUGUUGAUGGGAAUAAAGCGGUUUCCAAAGAGCGCGUGGCUGAUGUCGAGGCUCUCGCUGCUACUCACGUUCGAGACAGAGGCUCUGUCGGGCCACUUUACCAUGCCUACAGCGCACAUGGCCAAGGAUUUGGUUCAGCAGGCGCUGCUCAUGGAGCCAACGGCUGACACUGAGUUUUGCCUGUUCUUUCUCUUCAAAAAAUGGUAUUACGACCAAGCCACGCUCUCCGAGUCCGAGGGUGUCAAAGAUAUCAUCCAGGCUGUUCAGUUCCGACACGACAUGUCCUCCGCCAAGCACCACGAAGAGAAAGCUGUGAAGAAUGCUCUAAUGUUCUGGCAGCAGGUCCAGCGACAAAACUACGACCUACGAAUGCUUAUGAGUAUCCUGGACAAUGUGGAGACACACGAAGAGGCAGCUCGAGGAUACUACAAGCGCCUCACGCAGGCAUUUCCACAGUCCAUCAAGGUGCUGAAGGCAUUUUCAAACUUCUUGCGCCACGUGAGCUUCGAGCCAGCGCUCGCUGCCAAGGUCGAAAGCCAUGCAGAGUUCCUCGAGGCCUCACAGCAAAGGAAGCGCCGUAUGAAGCAUGAGUCGAUUCAGUCCAAAUCUUUCAACGCUCAGCAGUCGGUCGCGUCCCCGGCCAGCACCGUGAACAGCACAUUCAGCCUGACCGAGAGCAAAGCCGACGUGGACUUUGACUACCUUAGCCACAUGUUUUCGAUUGGCCAAGGCAGUGGAAAUACAAACCAGGCGGCAGCUCGCAUUAUCAACGGCCUCCGUAUCUCGGUGUACAGCUCGCUGGUUUUUCUGUUCAUGUGCAGCAUUGCCAUGUUUGCGGUGGCAUUUCCGAUCUUUGUCAACACCGUCGUCAACCAAAAGGUGGCGUUUAUGGAGAGCCUUGGACUGCGCUCGCUUGCCCAAGAAGCGGUGUACUGGGCCAGGGGUCUCGAGUGGAUCCAACAGUACCCCGCCAUGUUUCCACACAGCAUAUCGUUCACCAGGAGUCAGUUGAUUGAGAUAUCCUCAAACAUAUCCUCGUCGGCGACUGCAUUCCUCAAGGAUACGUCGCUCAGCUCUGCAGCGAUCGAUGCUGCCUGGAACACACCCAAUCUCGGCAUCGUCAACUACUCCCCGGGACUGGGCUUUACAGGCCAGGUCGUCAAUUCGAACCUCCGCGAAGCCAUCUUUCUGUAUUCAGAAUCGCUAUACAACAUUGCCACGUACAAUCAAACUCCCGUCAAUGUCCUUCCGUACUGGAAGUUUGUGAUCCAGAAUGGACCAAUGACUGUGUUUUAUGGACUGCUAAACGUCGCGAACGCCUACCAGUCGGAAAUGCAGAGCGAUAGCAACAACAAGCGCUUCUACCUUGCCAUCAUCAGCGCCAUCGCUUGCGGAGCCGUGCCGCUGCUUCUCUGUCUCUUCAUCUUUGUGCCGUUCUUCUACAAAGUGAGCCGCGACUUUCGCAUCUCGAGCGAGCUGUUCUUCAGAGUGCCCGACUCAGUCAUCGACCACAUUAUACAAAAGCUCAAGAACAAGGAGAUUUCCAAAAAAGGUCGGUUUUCCACAGCGAUCGUCAAGCGAGAGUCCAAGACCGCGGUAAAUUACCAGACGAGAGAGAGCCUCAAGGCCUUCGAAAAGCAGAUGCCUCUUCGCCUGAAGGCCGUCGGGAUCUCCUAUGUCGCGUCGCUCUUGACUUUUGCAAUCAUCACGGGGAUCUCGCUGUAUCUGUUGUCGCUGGCAAACAGCACUCUGGUCCAGCUUGCUGUGGAAGAGCGAUAUGCGACCAUCCGUUCUGGCUACGCAUGGCUUUUGCUCUCGCAGUCGCAGGAGCUAAUGAGAAACGACACCAACUCCCUCAACUACCCAAGCACUGUUCAGCUCAUGAAAAUGGUUGCCGAGGAGCUUUUCUUCAUCAAUGAGGGUCUCCAGACUGGAAACGCCUCGUUAGGACUGAGCGGCUUCAAGGGACGGAUCCCUGCGCUGGAUGAUCUGGAGUACAACAGCAAAUGCCUGGGUCCGAUCGAGGCGUGCGGAUCCCUGGACUACUUGCUGCAGUUCGCAUCAACUUUGGCAAUCUUGAUCACGCAAGAGCCGCCGCGAGUGAAUGGGAUCAACACGACAUUGUCGCCCGUAUAUAUCCAGCUGCAGGCCCUCAUGGACAGUCCAGACGGCAUCCUGCUUUCGGAUCUGGAUCAGGCGGCCACCAUUCUGAGCGACAACAUCACGCCGGUCAUAGAAUUCGCAUACGCCUUCUGCAACGCCUCAUUCGGCAUUUCAACGGUAUUUUUCUUAUUCAUGACGUUUUACCUCAUGCCCAAGCGAAUGCUGUUCAUGAUUCCGCCCAAGGCACUUAUCAGCAUCCCGGAGAUAGCAGACUAUCUCGAAGCAGGCCGUGCCGACAAAGGCGAUGAGAACGCACAGGAGCUUGCAAACCUCGACCUGGCCGAGGAGCAAAGCGAGCAAAAGGCCGAUGAUGCCGAGUCGCCGGAGAAGGAACGGCAAGGGUCCAACGAGGCAAUCAAUGCUCCCAGCAUUACCCCAGUAGCGAGACGGGCCGUGUUCCACGAUAUCGGCGCCAUCGAUGCCUUCAGCGAUAGCAUCGAGAAGCAAUCGGAUAGCGCGGACAACAGAUCGGGCGAUUUGGUUCCAAGUCGACUCCGAAUCAACGAGAGUCCCAGCCCUGCACGCUCAGGGCUGAGCAACCCGUAG